AUGUCAAAGUUGAUAGUGUUUCUUGCUUUCAUCAUUUAUUGUAAUCGGCAACAAAACGCUCAAGCAGGAGGAGCAGCAGCAGCAGGAGGAGCAGCCGCUGAGAUAAUCACAGAUUAUAAAGCUGGCAAGCUAUGGGAUGAUGAUUUAUUAAUGGAGACAACGCAAGUAGAAGAAGCAACACUGACGAAUUGUGACACAAUGGAAAAUGGAGGAUUAUUUAUUUUGAAAGAAAAACCGUUGCUAUUGAUGGCAAAUACUGUUAACUUGAAAUGGAAUUAG